UUUAACCCCUUCAUCGCCGGGCGGUUCCGGAAGCGCCCGUGGAGGAGGAGGAGGUCCAGUCUCCCCUCGCGGCGCUGUUGUGUGUCCCGUGUCCCCCCCCGUACCCGGUGGUGGUGAAUUGCGAGGGCCGCUCCCCCCCCCUCCUUUUUUUUCCCUUGCCCAGCCCGGUAGAGGCGGUGUGAGGAAGAGGAGGAGGAGGAGGGAAGGCAGGAGGGAGAGCAGACAUGGCGGCCAACAUGUACCGAGUGGGAGAUUAUGUUUAUUUUGAAAAUUCUUCUAGCAAUCCAUAUCUCAUUAGGAGAAUUGAAGAACUUAACAAGACUGCUAAUGGAAACGUGGAAGCAAAAGUGGUGUGUUUUUACAGGCGAAGAGAUAUUUCCAACAGCCUUAUAAUGCUUGCAGAUAAGCAUGCUAAAGAAGUUGAAGAAGAGUCUGAAACUACAAUUGAGGUUGACUUGACUGAUAAACAGAAACAUCAGUUGAAGCACAGGGAGCUCUUUCUUUCUCGCCAGUAUGAGUCCCUUCCGGCAACGCACAUCAGGGGAAAAUGCAGUGUUGCACUUCUGAAUGAGACAGAAUCUGUGCUGUCAUAUCUGGAGAAAGAGGAUGCUUUUUUUUAUUCAUUGGUGUAUGAUCCAUCACUGAAAACGCUUUUAGCAGACAAGGGAGAAAUCAGAGUGGGGCCUAGAUAUCAAGCAGAUGUGCCAGACAUGCUUGCAGAAGGAGAAUUAGAUGACAGAGAACAGGCAAAGCUGGAAGUAAAAGUAUGGGAUCCAGAUAGCCCCCUUACUGACCGUCAGAUUGACCAGUUUUUAGUUGUAGCACGUGCGGUUGGCACGUUUGCUCGAGCUUUGGACUGCAGUAGUUCUGUCAGGCAACCUAGUUUACACAUGAGUGCAGCUGCUGCUUCCCGAGACAUCACACUGUUUCAUGCAAUGAAUACGCUGCAUAAACACAACUAUGAUUUGAGCAGUGCCGUUGGUGUUCUGGUGCCACUUGGAGGGCCUGUCUUGUGCAGAGAUGAAAUGGAAGAGUGGUCAGCAUCAGAGGCUAGUUUAUUUGAAGAGGCAUUGGAAAAGUAUGGCAAGGACUUCAGUGAUAUUCGACAAGACUUUCUCCCUUGGAAGUCACUGACUAGCAUCAUUGAGUAUUAUUACAUGUGGAAAACCACCGACAGAUAUGUGCAACAGAAACGUCUGAAAGCCGCUGAAGCAGAAAGUAAAUUGAAACAAGUGUACAUCCCCACCUACAAUAAACCAAAUCCUAAUCAAAUAUCCAGCAACAAUGGGAAACCUGCUGCAGUCAAUGGAGCAAUGGGAGCCUCUUAUCAGGCACAGGCCUCACUAGUAGGUCGGGCUUGUGAAAGCUGCUAUACUCCACAGUCUCACCAGUGGUAUUCUUGGGGUCCUCCUAAUAUGCAAUGUAGAUUGUGUGCAUCUUGUUGGAUUUAUUGGAAGAAAUAUGGUGGCCUGAAAAUGCCCACACAGACAGAUGAAGAUAAACUGUCUUCCAGCCAACCUACAGAGGAACCCCAUGUUAGAACUCACAUGUCCCGGCAGGCCACACAGGGGACUCCAGUUCGUAACACUGGAAGUCCAAAGUCGGCAGUGAAAACACGUCAAGCUUUCUUUCUUCACACAACGUGUUGGACAAAACUGGCCCGUCAGGUCUGCAAAAACACCCUCCGGCUGCGGCAGGCAGCAAGACGUCCCUUUGUCCCUAUUAACUGUGCUGCCAUUAAGGCAGAAUAUGCAGAUCGGCAUUGUGAACUUGCUGGAAAUCCUCUGAAGAUAAAAAGCACCAGAAAACCACUGUCAUGUAUCAUUGGGUAUUUAGAGAUUCAUCCUGCAGUGAAAACCAAUGUAAUCAGAUCAACACCAACCCUUCAAAGUUCAAGUGCAAAACGACUGCUUGCACCUUCUAAUCACUCUUCACUAAGUAUUUUGGGGAAAAGAAACUACAGCCAUCAUAAUGGUCUUAAUGAAUCAUCCAGCCAUACGACAAGAACGAUAAUGCAUGCUGCUCCCCAUGUUCACAUGACUAAUGGUAAGGCCUUGCAAGCCAGUGCAAGUGCCGCUAAGGCAAGCACGAUUCCGGUGAUCAAGAGACAGAGGCAAAAUUGGCUUGAUGCUUCAGAUGAUGGUUUCUUUAUAGCUACAGAAGAGACCAGUGCUGAAGCAGUUAGAAACCUUCUCACGAAAAAUCCGUAAGAAGUUCACCAGAUCACAGCUGAAAAGAGCUUCCAGAACACCUUGUUCUCCAAUCAUUGCAAAGACAACAUCUCUCAUGAACAAUAGGCAGGCACAAACAGAGCCAGAAACCAUCAUGCACUGAAGAUAUAACAGCAUCGGCACCAUAAUCAUGUCAAAAUCAUGUUUAAUUGCGAGUGCAGCAACAAUAGGACCUUUCACAUCUUUGAGACGGAAACACUGUAUGGAUAAAUUGUGGCUGGGUUCUGUGUUCUAAGCAGGAUCCAACAGCAGCCUUUGUUUUCCCUUGUCUCUGCAAGGGCUACUUUUGGUUCACUCUGCAGGCCUAUCCUGGAUUGUCCUGUUAUUCCCUCCAUUCCCAGUCAUCCGUGUUGGCUGGUCAGGGAGGAACUGUUUGCACUGACCACAUUGAAGGAGUAUGGAUGCAGGGUCCACCCACCACGCCUGUCUAUGCCUUCUAGUGGCUUGAUACAAAAGUAUGGAUGUUUCAAAAAGAUUGCAGUGUCUUUAAAGCAGCGUUUAGCCUUAUCAGCUUGCAUUUUCAAAAAUGGCUGCAGACUUUGGGUGUUCGUAUUUUUCAGUAUUGGCUUGAGUCACUUGGGAUUUUAUGUUCUGAACUGCUGAGCACCCAGACCCUGGGAUGAGGGCAAACAGUUGUUUAGCAGUUCUAAAACUUAGAGUGAAUUAGGAGAUGCCCAUAACGAGUGGCUGGUUUUCAAAAUGCUGGCUGUAUUAGCUUUGAUUUAAAUAAUGGAAAGUAUUAUGUGCGGCAGUGAACAUCUAGCUGGACUAGUUGCAUGUAUAGGAACUGGUCCCAUUGUCUAUAUAUUUGCAAACUUCCUCAAAUUUCUUUGGAUAUUUUUUUGCAUUUCUUAAAGCCUAUUCUGAAUACUGAAAACCAGCAGAACACUAUUUGCAGGAAAACACAAAAGAAUAGAAUAUUUCCUAUUAGAAAUGUCUCUCCACAAAAUAAUUUCUACAUUUUUAUAUGUCUGCAUUUAAAAAGGUGUCUUUCAGAAUGCUUUGAAGUUCAUAAUUGUAAGGCUACAGGUGGAUGCUUACCAUGGAGAGAUGAUGUGCCUUUUGAAACUAUUUGUAGGAAACUGUCAAUCCUCCUGAAAGUGGGAAUGGCAACAGAGGCAGGUCUUUUUUCUACUCAGGUAUUUACAGGUGAACAAUCUCUGCCCUACUUUGAAAUCAAGAGGCAACCAGUGUGUAGCACUGCUGUGAAAACCUAGUUGGUAUAUUUUGAUUAUCUGAGGCAAGUUGUGUCCUUCAGUAGAUUUGGUUUCCAUAUGGCCUUUUAAGAGGUAGUCAGACACUGAACAUAUCGUAGUAAGAACUUCAAGACUUUUUUUCCUAUCUCUUUAUUAGGCAGCUCUCACAGUAUAGUACAGAUAUGAGAUUUUCAUCCAGUUGUGGACGUGCACUUAGCUCUGUGGUUAGAAAGACAAAGAUGUAAGCGGUGUCUCAUAGCUCUGGAUGAUUCCCCAAACAUUAUUUCCCCGCCAUGCAAUUUAUAAUUUCAGCCUGAAAGAGCAUCUGCGAUCUCAUCCUAUAACUAGCCAUACUUUCUGUGUAGGAUUUUGAGCUAUUGAGACAGUAACCCAGAUGCUUCUCCAAAAAAGAAAGUACCUUGACCUCCUGAAGGGACUUGCUGAUGAAUUUCUUGAGUGAUGGAUCCAGGUUUUGUCCACUGUCCUUCACUGGCAAGAAAAGGGUGAAAACAAAGGAGGAACUAUGACAUGAAGUGCUCCUAGUACCCUGAGCACCCUGGUGAAUGUCACUGAUUUGGACUCUAUUGGACAUGACCUGGGAUUCAUCUGCUUAAAAUUUUUUGCAGUAGUUGCUGAAGUGUGCAGCCUUAGGAAUCUCUUACGCUUUUUCCUCACAACAGGAGGGCUUUUCAUCAGAUAACUGAGCAGAGACAACCUAUUCUUAUUAGUAAGAAUUGCCUUUAGUAACUAUGACACAUGGAAACACCUUCUGUAUAAUAGCUUCCUCACCCAUUAAAAUAAAGAAAACAUGAUUAUUCAGCAAUCUGUUUGACUGGAAGUAUGAAAAACAUGAGCAGAAAGAGCUCUGUCUCCCUCAGGCAUCAGUGAAAUCACACACAGCAGAGCAAUUUUCAAAGUGUCAUUAGCUGAGAUGGUGAAUUUUUUUACUCUGCCUUAUUAAGCUUGUACUCAAAUUAUUUCUUUUAGUCAGUGUGCUAUGGUGUCUAGCCAGUAUUGUAUAAAAUCUCUAUGUUUUUCUGCUUUUGACAAAAGUAUCAGUAUCCAUAAUAGUCUGAUGUGAAGUAAUUUUUUCUUCUUUCCUUCUGGGAAGAGGGAGAUUGGUAAUAGAGCUCCCUGUUAUGCAGCCAGCUGCCUGAUACCAUUAUGUUUUGCAUCAAAUAGCCAAGGUAAGGAAGAAUCCUUUCCAGCUUCAAGCUGAGGUACUUCAUAUAGAUACACUGAAAAUAAUGCUGUGCCUGUGCGUGGCAGAGUCAUUUCACAGACUUGCAAUAGCGGAGCCUUGGGGUGGGUAAGGCACGGAGGAGACCAUUUACUGGCAUAACUUCUGCUUCAUCUUUAAAGAUGUUUUGCAUGCAGCUGCACAGAGACUUUUCCUCCCUUAAAAAUGCACACAGUGCACAGAGAAACUGCACACCGUGUAUCACACCUUUGUCUUUACCUACUCCCUCUACAUCUUUCUUUUCCUGCAAGAUGUUCUCCAGAGAUGGAUACAGUCUUUACCUGUGAAUUUAAACUGAAAGCAUUGAUGGAAGAUUACCUGAAGACAUGUUCCUGCUGGGUUAGGGCAGAAAGAUUUCAAUUUUUGUAGAAAUUUUGACACUCCUUACCACAAUAUCAUGCAAUUCCAUGCUUUCUGUUGAGAUAAAGAUUCUUCUGCUGGCUGUGAGCAAAGGUGAUGCAUCCCUGUGUAAACUGAAACAGCAUAUCCACAGCAGAUCAGAGCUCAGUACAGUUUUUACCAAGCUUCCCCAGAUAGUUGUAUUAAAACUAGCUAACGUGUAUCAGUCAUCAACAAUGACACUGAGUAUAAACAUAAACCUCAAAAGGAAGGACAAGAAGUUUGGUACUUAUCAUGGGUGUGAGCAAGAGGAUCGAGGCAGCAUCAGCACUGUAUUUGCAGUAUGAUUUAUUUUCUUGGUAGCUAAAUAAGAAAUCUAUCUGAAAAUCUGCCUCUCCUCUUACAAAUACGGGGCUAGAAAACCAUGCAAAAUGCGUGAUCUUUUUGUGUCCAGGAGUCUCAUAGAAAAAGUAGGAAGAUUGUUUUAACAUUUAAAUUGUCUUAUGUUGUUGUUUUCAACUAUACAGCUAUUCUGCUCUUUUGAAAUAUUUUGUAUAUUGUUUUCAGAUUAUUUUUAAAGGCUCCUAUUUGGUGAUGGAUGUUUUGAUUCUGUAGGAUGGAAAAAUGAGGUUUUAAAAUACUUGAAACUGCUUGAAAUGUGUUGGUGAUAUGAAAAUAACAUAUUUUAAACCAGUGUUUUGAUUAAGGGCAAAUAUAGUCUUCAUUGCUGCAGUCCAAACCUUGCAGCUUGUUAUAAAAACUGGUUAUUGAAACUGAAAUCAAGAAUGAACAAGCGGUAGAAAUGGUGAAAUUAAAUCAGGACUUACAGAAUGUGAACUUUUUAUUAAUCUAAAGUAAGAUAUAUUUUUUUUAAUAAAUAUAAUUUCAACACAGGUACUUUCCUGAUUAUGAAGGCUUAAAUAAAGUACAAUGGCUGCAUAGUAAUUUUUGGUAUAGUCAUAGCAUAACAUGCCACAGCCUUUUGCAGAAAACAGUUAUAGUCCUUCAGGAAAAUUAUAUUGCAAAGUACAAUAUAGUGGACAUGGUGUUUUUAUAUAUGUGUACUGCUAUGGUAAAGGAAGUGUUAGAAUCCUCUGGAAAUUUCAACAAAACAGUAGACAUUUUUCAUGUUCUCUUGAAAGUCCUUUAUGUAAACCUGUGUGUUCAUAAGCCAGAGUGGGUGUCAAGAGGUCUGAGUUUAUAUAACUGCACAGUGGAAUUUUUUUGGAGUAAGUCAGGACUUUUUUAUUCAAAUGUUGCAUGUUGAGGGAGGAAACCUAAUUUUGGAAUACAAGGAUUUUGGAUAAGAGUUUUGAGGUUGUAAUAUAUAGUGAUCUAAUUUGCAGAAUCUUCUGUUGCUCGUAAAGGUUUACCAGUUCAUAUUGAAAUACGAUAUUGAUUAAAUAAGAAGAAAACAAGAGCAUUAAAGAAAUGUCUUUUUAAAAUUCUGAGGUUUAGCCUAAAAGUGAAUUUCUCAAGGGAAUGGUAAAACUGGGAAGCUAAAUGUUGAGUGUUUGAAGAUGUGGAGCACCUUAGAAUGAAACAUAGUACUAUUUGAUUUGCAUUAAAGUGUCUUUGUGUACAAACUUUGUGACUCUUGGCCCUUUUUGCAGGAAACUAAAUUUCUAUUGACACUGCCAUCCUAUUUUAUGGUAGACUAUUGAAUAAUCAAGAGACUGAAAAUUGAUGAGCUAUUCAAACUGCGCUAAAGUUAAAGACAGAAGUAGAUGAAAUGAGGAUAAGGAAAGAAGUUUCAAAAGUCAGGGAGACAUGAGGUAUAGGUCAUUGCAUUGGAAGACUAGGAAACUUCUUGGGAUUGAACUGAAAUCUAUGCAAAAGGACUUGUAGUACACAAAAAAAUACUAGAUGUUACAGUGGAUUGCAGUCUCCAGUGCACUGGCCUGUCUGAAAUUUGCAUGUUAAUAUUAGCUCAAAAAGCUUUGUUUGUUGUCAGUUUGGCAGCACCUAGAACUGACUUUUCUUCUUUACUAACAUUUGAAGUAAUUUCUCCAAACAAAUGGAAUUUUUUUUGCAGAUAAGAAUCGUACAAAGGGCACAUGUUCAGGGCUUAGGCACGUAGAAGAACAUUCUGUAUAAUAGUAGCAAAAAAAGAAACUUUACAACGAUUUCUGCAAAGCUAAGAAUUAAGUAAAGAGUGUAAAACCUUAAACUGGAAUCAUAUAGCAUAACAGAAUCACCGAACAUGAUUUACUUUUCUUAUUUGGGUACAAUGGCAAUGACUGAAGGAUCAUUCUUUCAGGCAUUCCUUUUCAUUCCAUUUCUCUGGACACUGCACAAACUUUCCAUUUGUGCCAUUUGCUUUGCCCAGCAGUUAUGUAUUAGGAAAAAGAACUACUCUAACUUUUUGGUGAGAUAAGUUAUUGGGGCAGAUGUAAUGGAAAUUUAGGGAUUAUAGUGUUGAUGAAUACCUCCGUAUUUUUUUUUCCUUCAUUUAGAUAGGCACUUAAAAUCUGUAUCAGAAUCUUAAUUUUUCUGCAGUCAAUAAAAAGAAACAGAAACAAAGUAGUCUAUUUCCCCGAAAAAGUUUCUAGAGUUUGGAGCACUGCUCCAUGCAGGGAAAUGAAUUGAUUUUGUGUGAGAGCAUUCUAGAUUUACAUUAGAAUUUUAGUCUUUUUUUUUCAGACAGUGAAUCUAAGAAGUUACACAGAAUGCCUUUGAUCCUUAGGAUAUGCGUUUAAUCCAUAAGGUAGUUGUGUUUCAUGAUCCGCUUGCAGGAGGCUGACUCUAACCUAGCUUUUUGUUAAUCCUGCCCCAUCGUUAAUUUUUCCUGUAAGUAACCGUAAGUGCAGCACUGAUUGGCCUUUUCAAGAGGGCUAGAGACCAUCCUGCUAGUUGUACAUGCAGUUAAGUCAUGGAUGAAUGUUUCUUACUGUCUCUGCUCGUUCUCCUGCAUCUUGUACAUGUUCAAAAGAAAGGAGAGCUUGAUGCUGCUCCCCUUCUCAGUAUAUGUGGGUUUGGCUCAGUCGCUGCGGAAUGCCUGGGAGAAGGAAAGGCUGGGUCACUGCUGACUGUCCAUCUGUGUAGAUUGUGUACUGGGCACUACAGAACACUUUGAUACUUCUUAUCCUAAAAUUGUAAGUAUUGGGACAUCCUGUGUGGCCAGUACUGCUGUCACCUCUAGCACAAUAAUGUCUUGGUCUGUGACUAAAGCAGGCUCCAUGGUACUGCUGCAGUUUGGAGUGUAAUAAACAGUUCAGAGUGGCUGAGCUCUCUGGAGAUGCUCCCAUUCUACUGCUGCUUAAACGGAAUAUGCUUCAAGCCCUCUCAUUUAAUGGCAUAUUUGGAUCCGCUCCCCUUCUAAGUUGCUUAAUCAAUGCUCAGGCACACUAAUCCUACCAUGUUAUGUUUACUUUGCUUCCUUGAAACCUAGUCUCUACGAAUUUUAACUCACUUUUCAGAAUGAUGUCAAGUAUGAUUAUAAUUAAGAUGCUAUAAGCAUAUAUAAGAUUUUCCCCCCUCACCCCUUCUUCAUUUUCCAGUUUAAGGUCAUUUUCAUUCCAUUAUUCUUUCCUUUUCAUCUUCUUUUCCAUUGGUCUUUCCUUUACUGAUAGAGCCCAAGGUUUUACUUGAAAUAUGGCAUAGUCUUCAAGAUCACAAAUUUGUACCUAUUGGGGUGAGGGCUGUGAACAUAUGACGUGGGCUUAUAGCUCAAUAAGCCUAGACAGCAUAUGGGCCAAAUAAUCAGAAUCCAAGUCUAAAUUAAUAUAUUAAAUCUGCCCAGUUUCCCAGGUAUUUGGAGCCAAUGGUUUUGUAUUGUCCCUUCUAAAGAUUGCAGACUUGCAGUCCUAAUAUGUUUGCCUUAUUGACCCUUCCAAAAAUCUUAGAGGAGUUCUGCUCUAGGGUUUGGCUCAAGUGUAGCUAUUACACAUGCUUUACCAGCCUGUAAUUAGACCUGCUACUUGAAUGCUAAGCAGUUUUCUUCUGUUUACUGCUUGUGUAGAUUAAAUUUGAAAGACUUCAGUAGAAGAAUAUAAAUGAAAUGACUGCCUAGCUCUGGAUUUUCUCCAUCUUCCCUUGCUGCACUAAUGAGACUCAAUUGCAGUUGCUUAUUAUUUUUAAAUAGCAGUUAAUUUGAGAAAAUCUGAUUCACUAGCUCUUUUCAUUUUGCCAAUUUGAUUUCAGCCUUCUGCCCAUCUGGGCCAACCCACGUAUACUGUUCUAAAACCAGUGUGUAAACUCAUUGGUGCACAUCACCAAAGUCAAAUACAUUCAGCCUGACAACCCAACAAAGUACUGUCUGCAACAAUGCCCUCAACCUUCUGUGUUCUUAUGGGCAAAAUUCUCAUUGACAGAGGGGGGUUCACUCUGCAGUUUACUCUCCCUUGUGCCUGGAAGUAAAUCAAACAGAUUAUCCCAAACCCUCCCAUUUAACCAUUCAUUCUCUGGAUGUUCAAAUCUGGUGACAUUAUAUAGGACGGUGGAGUUGCCUAGACAGAGAAAUUAUUUCCUUAGCAGACCAGUUUAUCCUGUCUGGGGAUGUUCUGAAAGAACCCUAUGCUUACCCUUAAGGCUGUAGAAUUAAUCUCUGUAAAGUUGCAUGACACCCCUAGAAACAACCUUCUGGUCAAACUUCUGGACCUGUGCAAAUCCUCUGGAAGCCAACAAAGAAUCCUGAAGUAGGAUUGUGGGCUAAUCUGUAAACUCUUUAGUUUAGGGCUAAUAUCCUCCUGUGGUCAUU